CGCAAACUCCAUAAAGAACGUCGAUAAAUGUCACGCGCUUUACGGAAGUGACAACCCAGUUGAAAACAUUGUCGAAAAGAUCGACCGAGAAAAAUCGAACGAAAGUUCGACCUAUAUUCGUAGGCCAAUAACUGAUAGAUAAUCCACGGUAAAUCCAGCUUAUGGACUUGAUUAGUAUGACUUCUGAGCGGCUCAUUUAAUAUUUGAACAAUGCAAUAGAAUUUUCCAAUAGUGCAUAUGUUACUUGUAUCGAAGUACAUUGUAUAGCGACAUAAUAUAUUUGAAUAUUUGAGGUUCUUGAUCUGAACGAUAUUCUGCGGAAAAAAUCUGGAGCGGUCACAGGUCCCCUGUAAGGCGACACAGAUUUCGACACCAAAGCGCGGGGAGGGAAUCGAGGGUGUACUGUUCCAACUGGGGUGUAUACCCCGGGGGGGUCCACUUGCAUCAAAAGCCCCUUGAGGCCCCCUCAACAUAUGCAUUUUCACUCGACCACCCCGCAUUAAAUUUUAUUUGUCGGAGACGAAACUAGAAGAAGAAAGGCGGAAUGCAUAGACUUUUAGUGUACACGUCUCAUAGGGGUUUAACUGAUCGCAAAGUUCCUGACGAAUGAUGUGUAGCAAAUUUGAAGACGGGCCCAGAGCAUCGUACGCUGUACCCCCCGGGGUCCAAUCUAAAUCAAUGGGCUUGCAAACAAAUGAUACCUACAAUUUUGAUCGGUUUAUUCGUCGGGUUUUGUGAUGGUUUACGUGGACCUCAUCAUCCACGAAGUCCUGUCUCUCAUCAUCAUUACGUCCCCCAGAAAGAUGUUAAAAUAACGCAAGAUGCACAACUACUACAGGAUGCUACCCACUUAAAAGAAGACAUAGGAUCAAUGGCGGAUCAAUUGGACUUUUCGAACAUGACUGAACAAGAAAUCGAAUUCCAUUACUUCAAAGUUCAUGAUAUUGACAAUAAUGCUAAAUUGGAUGGAUUAGAAAUUCUCUAUGCGAUUCAACAUACAUUUCACGAGAACAGACUCGCCAAUGCUGAACGUGAAAGUUCGAGUGAAAAUACCAGAACUAUGGAUUACGAAGAUGAUUUGCCUUGGAUCGUAGAACUUGUAGACAGAGUACUGAGGGAAGAUGACUUAGAUCAUGAUGGAUACCUUGGAUAUAUUGAGUAUGUACUUGGAAGACAAAGAGAUCACAUUGCUCAAGCAAAACGGAAUAACAAAUUGGAGAAUUAAAAGCGCAUCUAGUACAACGCCUUUGGCCGAUGAAAUAACUAAUAGAAUCCUGUAUAACGUAUAAAUUUAUGUCAAAAACAUACGAGAAACAAGAUCUUUUGUUUCUUUCUAAUUAAUUGAUUUGUAACAAUUGUCUUCAACUGAAAUGUACAAAAACUAUAAUUUUUAAUACAAUCCAUUUUAAUCUGCAAAA